AUGUCUAUAGUCACAUUUGAAAAACCUGUACCAAACAUAUCAGAGUCUGAUUGGAAUUACAAAUUAAUUGAAUUAAGAGGAUCUUGUGAUAGAAGCAGGAAUUGUGCAUUUACAUUGGGGAAUGAAUCACACAGAUUAAGGAAUGAGACAGACCUAACUACGUAUUGGGGUACAUGCCGUACCAAUUCUGAUAUCGCUGAUAGACAAUCUGAAAUAACACGCUGGAAACAUAAAAUUGAAUUAUGGUCAGCAAACUUACAAAAAGAAAUUGAGCAGAUGAUACUUGAAAAAAAGGAAAAUGAGAAAGCAAUAGAAUUUCAAAAUUUGAACUUUACUGUUACCAAUCAUUGUUUAAGUUUAAGAGAUGAAAGAGGUGGUGAAGAUUUAUGCUAUGAUAUUGCUUCUAUUGAACUAAAAAAUGAACAACUAACUUUGGAGAAAUUGAAAACUUCGCUAGCUGAAAUAUGUCAAAAUGCUUGGGAAAAGAUAAAUCAGUUAGAAGAAUUACAAAUGAAUGUCAUCAAAGACUUAGAAAACAAAAAUAAUACAAUACAAAUAGAUAGUGAGUUGUUGAUAAUGACAAAGGACUCAGAAAAUAUCUCCCUUAAACCAGAUCCUCUUAGAGCUCCAAAAGAUAUUAAUACGUACGAAAAGUGGCUCCAACAGUGUACUAAUUUAAUACAACGUAUUGAACAUGAAUUGUUAAGUUCAGAAAAGUUGCGCGAAAGAAUGUAUUUGUUACGACAUAAAACUAAAAGUGAUAUGAUAGCUCUUAAUGACAAAGUCAAUUUUGGUCUCAGAAAACGGAUUUACUACACAGAAAGGGCUAAGUAUGAAUUAGAAUGGCAAAAAAAAAAUAUGAUAUUAGACAAGGAGACACUGCUAAAAGAAAUAAAUAAACUCGAAGACGCGUUGGAUAGAAAAUUAAAUUCAAAAAAGUUAAUUGAAUCACGGUACGAAGAAAGAUUGUAUAGAGAUGAAGUUGAACUGUGUCUUGAUAAACCUACCAUUGGAUUACAAAAAGAAAAUGCUCUACUCGAUAACUCUACGAAAAUGUUGAACGACAAACUAAAUCAAACAAAAGCUAUGCACACUGUUCUUAUAGGGCACUUGAAUUUGAUAGAUGAGCAAUUAAAGAACAAGACUCAUGCGUUAAAUGUUGACCAGAAAUGUCUACAGUACAGAGUACAACUGGAAGACCCUGAUCGUAAUUAA